UCGAUAUUGAGCAUUAGCACAAAAAGGACACAAGUACUUAAUUUAUGGUGCGCUGGCUGCAAUUGUAUUGGUUAUAUGUCCAUUUACGCUGCUGCAGCUGCAUAUAUAUUCCCGGAUUCAUGCUAAAUUAAACGAGCGUCAGCAUUGAAAGCGAAGAGUGAAUGCGGGCAUACUGGUACCACACUCUCCGGCAUUUGCGUCUACGCAUUACUCAUUACUGCACUGUUAAACUGGGAUAUUGUGCAAUAUCCGUGAGCCGGGGCUAAAUGGUUAAACGUUAACGGAUAACAUCGCAGCAGCAGUGUGUUUGCAUCUGUUUUUCAAGGAGGCUAAUCAUGGGAAUACGAUACACAGAUCCAUCCAGCCGGCUCUUCUGGUCCGGGCCAACAACACAUCGACUAUUUCCAAUCUUCAGUUGCUAAAAUUGUUGCCGUAUGCUGCUGUGUGGGCAAAUUUUGUGUGUCUUGCAUAAGAAUGAUCAUGAUUGAGGUUCUGUAUUCAACGUAUACGCGCCGCUUCUGUGCCAAUAGAAAUGCACUUUACAUUUCGCCCGCCACCAACUCUCGUGUAUGUUUUUCUAGGGGAAUGCCGAUGAUUUUGGGUGUUGAUUUUUUGUGCAUUUGAUGUAUUGUUAGGGAUGAUAUUUGCUCUGCCAGCCCUUUUCCGCCUACUACCAGCCUUUGAUCUAAACGUGCACCGGUACAGUACACAAUGCACCGGUGAUACGUCACAUUACAUUCACUAAGCGAAGUCGAUGCGCAUACGUUUUCGCACGCGAAACAACAGAUCGACAUCCAUAUGUGCUACCCAUUAUCUGUGUAUAUCUUGGCGCGCUGGCUUUCUUUGCAAAUUACAGACGCCGCGCAUUAUCCACUGCGGUAUUUCCUCUGAAUACUAUACGGUGUAUAGCUGCUACAGCUUCGUGAUUAUCGAUGCAGAACUGCUGGUGAAUAAAAGAAUUUCAGUGGAGCAUAGCGACUUUGUGGUUGUGUCUAGAUCUGUGUGGGAAGACGGGCGCGUGUCAUAACGAUUUACCCGUAAACACUUGCACUUGGAUGCCGUCGCAUAACUUAUUAAGACUCUUCUUUCUGGAGUUUUGCAUCAAGUUACUAUGUGUAGGGCGUCUUAAUUAGAUAAUGUGUCCAACUUUUGAUUGCACGGUAACAGACCCGGCGUACACAUCUACACAGCCAAACUGACAGUGGCUUUUAAAAAAAGUUUGUCCAAGUUCGCCGCUCACUUCCGGUUCCUGAGUAGCCGCAGAAAGAUGCUUUAAAAGCCGGCAAUUACAAUGGCAUGGAGUCUCGCGGACGAAGACACACUCAACUAGUGGUGACAUCAACGACUGCUACUGAUCAUGCCCGGAUUAGUGUUAUUUCGCCGACGAUGGGCUAUUGCCUACGAUGAUCUUGUGUUCCCCUCACUAUUCCUUCUCAUAAGCCACAUUAUCUGGACCGCGAUGGAAAUACUCCUCUACAUUCUCGUUUAUCAACUUGACGGUUACUGCAACCAGCUGCUACAAAUUUACGCCCUUGGAAGUAUAGUAAUAACUAGCCUGGCGGCAGUUCUGGAGAUUUGUAUUGGGUGUGUGACGAAACGUGGAUCGAUUAUGAACACAAAUAUCCGAAAACCCGUCCGAGCGUUUUUGUACUUUCGAUGUGCUCUGUUUUUCUUGGAAUGUGGCUGGACAGUUUUUGGAAUAGUGUGGUUGGCAAAAUGUUACCCUACAAGUUUGGAUCUUUUUCCAAAAUCAACGAGUUUGGGACUUGUGAUAUUCAAUGGAAUUUUUAUACUGAUUGUUAUUGUUGGAGUUUACCUUUCUUAUGAUUACGGAGGAAGUAAAUGGCUAAAACUCAGAAAGUACGAAGCAAAUAUUCAGAUAACUGGCUCAAAACUGCAUCACGGCAGCGGGACGCCAAGAACAUGGAGAACGAGAAAAACCGUCCGGGCAUAUCAAACAAGUUGGGAUCGUCGAUGCCGGCUGCUGUUCUGCUGUUUGGGCACAGGCCAAAGGACGUCCCUUGGAGAAAUUGCUCAACUCUUAUCGGAUUUCUUUCGGGAUUUGGAUCUGGUCCCAUCUGAUAUCGUUGCGGGAGUGAUAUUGCUGCGGAAAUAUCAGAAGCUGCGUCGCAGUGCCUUGCUUACCAAAAACAGGACAUACAAGUUCCUUUCUGGAGCGCCGAUCACCAAGGAUACAAAGUUUCUGGAUUUACAGGACCCGGUGGUAUCGAAGGAGUACAAGCAACUCGUUCGUUAUAUGCGAUUUAGUCUCGCAGUUUACGGAUGGCCGAUGUACUUAUUUCGCGGGAACACUUGCCGAAAACUAGUGGGAGUAUUACCGGGACUGCGGUGUGUGUGCUGCUUCUGGCUUCCGGCGCGAUUACCGGGAAUUGAAGUGCUAGAUGAUAACUGCUGCAAUUGCAAUUCCUCUGCUAUGUGGGCAGUUAUGAAAUCGGUUGCCGAAGAUGAGUCAAUCCAAUUUAUCCACGCAUCAUAUACCGGCGGGGUUGGAAUAACACCGUACUUCCUGGCACUUGACCACCUCGAGAAGAAGAUUGUCGUCACCAUCCGGGGAACGUUGAGCAUGAAAGAUAUCGUUACUGAUCUAAAUGCAGAUGCCGAGUUCAUCCCGGUUGAUCCUCUACAAACCAAUCCCCCGUGGCUAGCCCAUAAGGGUAUGGUUGCGGCUGCGGAAUAUGUCAAGAAGAAGCUGAUCCAGGAAGGGAAGCUUAAGCAACUCCUACUGUUGUCAAAAGAACGCACAGGAUCCGAAUACGAUUUACUGUUGGUUGGUCAUUCUCUGGGUGGUGGUACCGCCGCCAUACUGGCAAUAAUGCUAAAACCGGAAUUUCCCACGUUAAAAUGCAUUUGCUUCAGCCCUCCUGGAGGGCUUCUCAAUUUACCCGCCGCGGAAUACAGCAAACCUUUCGUAACAACAUGUUUGUUGGGAAAGGACAUGGUUGCCCGCUUAGGUCUGCAUCAACUGGAAGCUAUGCGUUCCGAUCUGUUGAACGUAAUCCAACGCAGCACUUGUCCGAAGUGGAAGAUUUUGCUGAGCAGUAUUUGCGGUCGUCUUUGUCCCACGGCACAAGUUGAUCCUGCACUGAAAAAAUUCGCAGAAGAGCAGAUAGCAAAUUCGCAAAGAAAAAAUAAACCAGUGUCUCCUUAUAUGACGACACAUCCUCCUAUGUACCUACCUGGGAAAAUAAUCCAAAUUGUAAGGCGGUACCCUAAUGAGAAAAGUGUUAGCAAGACACGUUCAGUAUGCUGCUUGAAGUCACAACGGAAAGGCGAUCCCAUUUACCAAGCCAUUGAAGCCGACAGAGAUAGCUUUUAUGAAAUUAGUCUUUCCCCGUCAAUGGUGGACGACCACAUGCCAGAUACACUGCUGGCCGCAAUGGAAAAGGUUCUGGAAGUUGUUGUCAUACCCAACACAAACGGACUUCAAAAUGACCCUGGAAUAGACUUGUCGGAUGCGACUUCCGGUUCCGGUACUUCAGAUGCUACAGACGAAGGCCUGCCUGUCCGUCGUUCGAAUAUUCCUUACACACGUGAUCUUACGCUGCCGUUUGCGGAUGCAACUAGCAGUAACUUCCUAUCAACACCCGGUUCACUGACGCCUUUUUCCGAAGGUUUCGCCAAUCGCCCGGCGUCACGCUGCUCCAGCGUGUCUCGCCAGACUCUCCCGAUCUCACAACUGGAAGAAACAGCUAGUAGCCAUCCACGAAUUCAGAUAUAUUCCUCUCUGGUCGAUCAGGGGACAUCGUGUUACACUCUGGGAUCUCCUGGCUCCGAGACAUCGUGUUUGGAAACCACACAAGCCGAAAUCCAUCUGGACACCUUUAACGCCAAUCGGCAUCUGGCGCCAGACAGCUUCGACUCGCCCAAGUACUCCACCACUCGCAGCCGAGUGUCGAAAGCCAAGAGUCUCAACGAGAUGUGCGAAAGCAGUCCAAAAAAAUCCAGACAUCGAAAGGUCAGCGGUGAACCGUCACACCGGACCGCGGGCCGACCGAAUGCUACCCGCAAUAAUAAUGCGGACCAGCAGAACCGCGCCCAACGCGCUAAAUCGGUGUCACAAGAGACGCUACUUGUGGCUAGCAAUAAAAAACCGCACGGGGUGCAGGUGCAUGUGCAGGGCGUGGAGAAUUAUGAUUUCCAGUCCAGCAGUCCGUCCCCCGUGCUGACCGUCAACCAAACCGGCACGGUGGCCAAUUUCACGGUCUUGCCGGACAAGACCCAGUACGGAACGAUCUAUUAUGUUUAACAAUUACGGGUUUUUUCAGAUCGUCUGGUACUGUAAUUCUGCAAUAUGGCACACUUCUUGCAUCCUGAACAGGAAAACGUAAUGUUCGACAUUUUUGUUUGCUCAGUUUGGAGACCAGGCAAAUAGAAUACAAUGGCAACGAGUGAAAUAAGCCGGGUGCAGUUUUUCGCACUUGUCGUUUUUGUACCUCGUUUGUAUUUUGUUGGAUAUUGUUUCCGAUGAGGUACGAUUAAUAAACGAAAUCACCGUAAAGGUGAUAGAAUGCUAAGAAGAA